CCAGGUCGACCGAAAUUACUUGUGUACCAUACUCGGUUGUGUGUCAUGCUAAGGUAGGAUUGAGUGUGGAUUCUAGUUUAGUUCACACACACUGUAGCUCAUGAGUGAUGCAAGCACUAGUGAGGAGGAAUUGUUAGUGGACGACUUUAGGAUCACUCGUAGAACUGCUCUCAGUCGACCCUUGAUUUUCCUAGAGUUAGGUCCAGGAGACGAGAGGAGACUGCGGAGAGAGAUUAGGGAGAGGGCAGCAACGAGGAGAGCGAGGGACACCGUGGCCAGCACCAGUUCUAGAACUAUAGCUAGUGCAGGUGCAACCACGGCCACCUCCUCCAUGCCGCAGGCCUCUUCACAAGCCACUUCGUUAGGAAUCAGUCAGAUCGGUUCUCAGGCUUCCGUUAGCCAGAGUAUUGGCUUGCAAGUCAGCCAACAGGCUCAACUCACACCGGAGGAUUAUGAGAUCCUCCAAGCAGAAGAACUUCAGGAUGAGCUGCAACGGCAGUUGGAUGAGGCAGCAGAGAGAAGAAGAAGAGCUAUAAUGAGAAAAGUUAGACUAGGGAGCAGGUUACAGGAGCUACGCAAACUAGAUGCAUUAGAUGAGUCGACACUAGACCCUGCUAUGCAAGCACUGCGGAAUUCGCUCCUGUGUGUGGCAGAAACGCAGGUUGUGCAGCAGGAGGUGCUAGUUGAACUAGUGGCAGACCAGAAACAAAUCCUGCCUGCACUGCAGGCUCCUCGUCCAUUGAUGAGACAGCCGCAGUAUGUUGUAGCUCCCCCUUUGAUCGCAGGUUCCUCAGUGACGCCGUCGCCGGUAGGGCCUUCCUUUUCUCUAAUGUUUGGCAUGCCCCCUCCGGGUGGUUUAAUAGCAACUUGUGGUCCGGUCCUUAGAGCUUCGACCGUGCCAUCCACGACAGUGGUAACUACAGUCCCAUUGUUAGGGUCGGCCAAGGUUAGUGUGCAGCAACCUGUUUCUGUGGCUAUGCAGCCACUGCAGGAAGUGUCUGGACCAAUGCAGCCCAUGCAGUGGAUGCCCAAGAUCCCAUUGCUGAGUCCUAAACCUUUUUCGGGCGACAAGAAAAAGGAUGAGGAUCUAGACACCUGGGUGAGGAUUGUGCCCACCUAUGUGAGGCAUAAGCUCACCAGGUUAGAGCAGGAAGUCAUAGUUGCUGCUUCCUUUUUAGAGGGAUCGACAACGUGUUGGUUGAAUGGCUUAGUGCAACAACAGGGUCACGGUCAGAAUUUCAAUGUAUGAGCCCAGACCUAGACAUUGGAAGAUUUCGUACGGACUAUGUAUAACAAGUGGCAUGACCCUCAAGGGGCUCAAAAGGCCACCGACGCGAUCAACAAUCUUUGUGCCAAAAGGUACAAGAAUGUUCGCGAGCUCACAGACACGGUAGAACGUCUGCUCGUAGUACCUGGUGUAGAGUACAACCCACAGGUACUCCUCACGGAUUAUUUGAGAUGUCUGUCUUUAGAUGUUAAGAAUAAACUGGUAGACGAGGCCUACAUCGACCAACAUAACUUCGCCUCUUUCAGCAAGAAAGCCUUAGAUAUAGAGGCAAAGCUUGGGUCCGUUUAAUCAAGGCCAGGGAGAUGG